AUUUGUUGAUUUGUAUUUUGUGAUGGAUUUGUGAUUAUGAAGUUGGAAACAAAUAAAUUAAGCAAAGUCGGUAACUUGCAUUUCUAUUUAAAAAUAACACAAAAUAACAAGUAAAUUUUUAGAAAAUAGUAUAUUAUUAUGGCCCACAUACAACUCGUAGAUGAAUUAGUGCGAGAGUAUUUGCUUUUUAGAGGUUUUACCACCACAGUAAAAGCGUUCGAUAAUGAUCUGAAAUCGGAUAAGGACAAAGGGUUUAGAGUGGACAAAAUCGUGGAACAAAUCGUGCACUAUAUAAACGUAUCCGACCUGAAUGGACUCAAAGAAUACUGGUCACAUCUUGAUAGUUUAGUAUUUUCUAAAUUAGAAAUUCAUGUACAACCUGCUGUACGCAAGAUAGAAUACAGCCUGUACAAACUGUAUCUUGUAACAGCAGCACAGAGUGCAGGUGGUGUUAGAAAUGAAAAGGUAGCAGAGUUCCUUUCAAAGAUGCUCCCAGAAUUGCAGGGUCAGAGCGAAUGGAGAGACUGGUUUAUGUUACCCUAUGUACAAAAGCCUGAUGAAAAUCCAUCAUUCAGUCUGUACUUCACACGGGCCUGGCAGGACAGUGUGCUGGUCUCGCUCCACAACCUCUUAGCAACCGUGUUCCAAUGUAUGCCACAACCUACCCUCACCAGUUAUGAAAGUGAUGCAGCUUUAGUAAAACGACUGCAGGACGAAAUAACUACACUUAAAGGCAAACCCCAGCUAACCACAGAGAAGACAUCACCAAUUUGUCACCAAUCACGUCUUGCUCAGUACUCGGAAAGGCUCAGUGGGCCCCUACCACUGGUUGACGAUUUUUCUGCAAUACCAUCAGAACAGUUUGAAGGAGGUGUUAGAGAAGCCCGUGGACUGAGGGGAUUAUUGAGACAAAUGGGUGGUAGCCCUGUUAUGGGCAGAAAAACUGGAAGAUCUCAAAGUCAAAACUAAAUAAGUAAAAUGUUAAAAUAUAUUAUUUUACUAGCUGACGCCCGCGACUUCGUCCGCGUGGAUUUAGGUUUUUCGAAAUCCCGUGGAAACUU